AUGAAGCGGGCACGAAGUCGUGCGCGUUGCUGUGCCGUGGGACACGGAGGUGGCGAAUCACCGUGCACCGUGCACAAAACGGUGGCUGCAUCGGACUUUGCAUCCAUUCGCAACGAUGCGCGAUGCGGCCGCAGCACGGCGACGAGCACGGUCGGCUGGGGAGCUCAAUGGAAUGGUGGGAGCCGGAGCGGCGUUGUCGUGGUGGUGGUGCGUUUCGGCUCUCUUCGCGAGCGCGAACUAACCUUUUCUUCGCACCGCCAACUACUGGUUGCCCCUGACAACUUCACUGGCAAAGGGACACGCACGCUGAGCCGUCUCCAGGCAUUCACCGCCAUCACCCUGCCAAGGUUUGUCGUGUGCGUGUAUGUAGUCGCUGUGGGCGAUGAUCGUUCUCUCUACUGCCCGAGCAAGUAG